AAUUCAUCAGUUGCCAACCCUACUCUACUGCAAUUACAUAAUGCGACUAUAAAAGAGGAAAGAUUCAUUUAUUCUACACAGUAGAGCAUAUGGCGAGUGUUUGAAAAGUCUCUGUUAUAGUCCGAACAUAAGCUAACGAAUUGUCUCUCCAACAAGAAUGAGGGCUAUAAUAACGCUUUGUGCGAUACUACUAUCGGCUAAUCUCGGAUAUAGCGAAUCUGAUUUAGAAUGGUGGCAGUCAAUGUCCCUUUAUCAAAUUUAUCCCAGAAGUUUCAAGGAUAGUGAUGGCGAUGGUGUCGGAGAUCUUAAAGGUAUCAUGAGCAAGCUGGACCAUCUCGUCGAGUCGAAUGUCGACGCUUUCUGGUUAUCGCCGAUUUAUCGCAGCCCGAUGGUCGAUUUCGGCUACGAUAUUUCCGAUUUUCGCAACAUCGAAGAGAAAUUUGGCACUAUGGAGGACUUUGAGGCGCUUUCAAAGGCCACGCACGAUGCGUCAAUGAAGAUUAUUAUGGAUCUCGUUCCUAAUCACUCGUCGGAUCAACACGAAUGGUUCCAAAAAAGUUUGCAAAGCAUAGAACCUUACACCGACUAUUACGUAUGGCAUAAAGGCAAGGUGCUACCGGAUGGAACGGUUACGGUGCCAAAUAAUUGGGUCAGUGUGUUCGGCGGACCGGCAUGGACCUGGCGUGAUGAGCGACAAGCGUAUUAUUUGCAUCAAUUUGCAAAGGAGCAACCCGAUCUCAACUAUGAAAACGAGAACGUAGUGAAUGAAAUGAAGAAUGUCAUGAGAUUUUGGCUCGACAAGGGGGUGGAUGGCUUCCGGGUGGACGCAAUACCACAUUUGUGCGAGGACGUCCGAAUGCUGGACGAACCACUCACGGGUAAUCCAGAUUCUAAUAACUACGGCUAUACGGACAAAAUAUACACAAAGGACCAGCCACGUACCUACGAAAUAGUCAAAGGCUGGCGAGGAGUGCUAAACGAAUAUCCGGAUAAAAGAAUUAUGAUGAUGGAAGCCUAUUCGAACAUGACGAUGACAAUCAAGUAUUACGUGUACGGCGCACACUUUCCCUUCAAUUUUGGUUUGAUUUCCAAUCUGAAUCGAGAUUCCAAAGCAAACGAUUUUAAGAACUUGAUCGAUGGAUGGAUGAUGAAUAUGCCUACUGUGAGAGGAACUGCUAACUGGGUGGCUGGAAAUCAUGACAAUUCACGAUUAGUCACCCGUUAUGGACGAGAACGAGCGGAAGCUAUAACCGUAAUAAUUCUACUACUUCCGGGAGUGGGUGUAACUUAUAAUGGUGAAGAAAUCGGCAUGGAAGACACGUGGAUCUCGUGGGAAGACACCAAAGAUCCGCAAGGUUGCAACGCUGGCAAAGACGGCUACGAAAAAGCGUCUCGAGAUCCCGAAAGGACACCGUUCCAAUGGGACAACACCACUUCGGCUGGAUUCUCCACAAAUCCUUCCACGUGGCUACCGGUUAACGAAAACUACGUAACACUUAAUUUAGCCGCGCAAAAAGAACGGGACGACUCCUACUACGCUAUGUACAAAGCGGUUUCUGCUCUGCGAAAAUGGCCUGCAGUUAAACGUGGAACCUUAAACACGAGAUUAUUGGGCGACAAUGUUUUCGCUUUUAGCAGGAAAGCUGAUGGAGAGAAAUCGGUUUACGUAGCCGUAAACUUUGCAAAUAAAGAAGAAACUGUUGAUUUAUCAACGCUCGUUAACGAAUCAGAGUUAAACGUUUAUUAUGCUACUACGAAUGCUCAUCAUCUUAUUGGGGACGUCGUCGAAGAUGUUGUGAACGUGAAAAUUCCUGCAUCAGCAGCUGUUAUAUAUGCCAGCACUAUUUAAAACCAAGUGAAAAAAGCCAUGGGAAUGAGUAUUUGAAUAACAAACUAUAUUUUUCAACAUAAUUUCUACAAUUCUCUAGAUUAAAAGGUAGAAUUAUUCAAUUGUUAAAAUAUUUCUAUUGACUGUAAGUUUAUUAUCUAAUUCUACCGUUUCUAUAUAUUUAUGUAAUGUUUUGUUUAUUGAUAUUCUAUCAAUAUUUAUCUUAUUAAUCGCAGAUUCAAUUGUGAAAAAAAUAAUUUUACGCUCAUAGAGCGCAUAUAACAGUUUAAAUAACAAUUUAGAUAACAAUCAAGUAUUAAAAGUAAUAAUGAAUGAUUGUGUUAGAAUAAUAAAAUGUAAUGUUUUAAUUUAUAUUACAUGGAACAUUAAAUAAAAAAUAAUAACCUGCAAU